ACAAAAGCCUUGACCUCCACAGGCAAUCACAGCUGUGCACCAAACGCAGAGGUCUCCUUUCCCCACGGAGAUCACACCUUGGUCAUGGUGGCUCUAGAAGACAUAGAACCUGAGCAGGAGAUUAACAUCAGCUACCUCAGCUGUUGUGACCUGGACAGAGGUCGCCACAGUAGACAGAAGGCUCUCAGAGAGAACUACCUGUUCCAGUGCUCCUGUCAGAUGUGUAUCUCACAGGCUGAUGAUGAAAGUUGCACGUCUGACGAUGAUGAGGAGGAGGACAUGGACGAUGAAUAUGUGGACGAGAACUGAGACUUUUUUUGUAGUCUUUCCUUCAGAAGAAUUGUUAAACUGAAUAAAAUUGUGACAAAGAAAAGCAU